ACACAAGAACUAUUGUAUUUUACAUUAAGCUGCUGAUCAUUAGAAUACACCCACGGUUCACAAGGAAGUCUGCUUCAUACCGCUUCAGAGGUAACGAGAGCUUUCCACCGAGUGUUAUUAUGCAGAGAAAGUAAGAUGGUUCCCUUACUGCUGUUACUGCUGCUGCCUCUAUCUCUGGCUGACGAAGUUUGUCUCAACAUUUCAAACAGACACGUGGAAAUACACAUGAAGCAUGCUGUUGUUGUUGUUAUGGACAAGCCGAAUUCUGUGAAUUGCACAUACAACAACUCUAACUGCGUCGUCUUCUGCAGUUACACCAGCACGAUGUGUUUAAAUGGAUCAUCUGUUUGUCUGAAUGUGACUGUGACAAAUGUGACAGUUCCUCCCAAUAUAGGCUUUGACACGGAUGGAACAAACAUGUACCAUAUGACUUGCAAACUGUACCCAUGCAAGAGCCAUUUCAUCAAGCCAUUGAUCACUUCGCUUGGUGGAGCAAGCGCUGGCAAAAAGGAAAUGAUUAAACUCUUGUACGUAAAGAAUUCAUGCCAAAAUCUGUUCCGUGACAACACGGAAAUCAAGAAAGAAUAUAUAAGGGUGGAAAGAACGGUAAUCCACAACAUCAUUGGGAUAACCCACCUGGAAGUGAGAGGCUCCAUGUCCUACGACAUGAAAGAAAUGACUCUGAAUGUGGUGAACAUCACCAACCUCAACUCCACCGGCACCACCGUCAAGCUAGACUUUCCUCAGCUGCCUGAGAACGCGUCGCUUAUCCCUGACAUUGUACUGCCUAUAGAUGCCCUGCGCUCCAUCUCAGAGGAGAAGAGGGUUAUUGGGUUGGUCAGCUACAUGCAUAGCAGUCAGUUCAAAUUCGAACAGGAAAAUAUCUCAUCAAUGGUUGUCAGGAUAGAGGUCCAAGGCAAAGAUCGCCUUCAGAAUCUGAAGACACCAAUCACCAUGACUUUCGGUAUUUUACCCAACACAACAUUGGAUAAUUACACGUCCUUACAGUGUCACUAUUUUGAUGAAAAGGAUUUUCACUGGAAAAAACAUGGAUGCGAGACCAAUAGUAGUCAAACCAAGAUUAUUUGCAACUGUAACCAUGCAACACCCUUUGCAGUCUUACUGAUAAGGGAACCAAUUCCUCAAUAUCACUGGGACAUCCUGUCAUACAUCAGUUACUUGGGCUGCGGCCUGUCCGCAUUCUUCUCUGCUUUGUCCCUCGUGACAUUUGUCUUCAGUGGGAACCACAAGCUGGAUUUCUCCAUCUCCAUCCAUGUCUCUCUGAGCGGGGCCCUGUUUUUGCUCAACACAACCUUCUUGCUUACCGAGUGGGGGGCCAAAACGAAGUUGGACUGGGUGUGUGUGUUUGUGGCAGCUCUCAUGCAUUACUCCUUGCUCUGCUGUUUCACCUGGAUGGCCAUAGAGGCACUUCACCUCUAUCUCUUGCUGAUAAAGGUGUUCAACACCUACUUCAAACACUACAUGGUCAAACUGUCUCUUGCUGGAUGGGGGAUCCCUGGUAUAAUCGUGGCAGUCUCUUUGGGCAUGAGAGAUUUUAAACAGUUGUACGGACUCACAGAAAUUACCAUGGCUGAACUAAACAAAACUAACGACAUCUGCUGGAUCAAAGAUGAUUCGUACUUCUACUCCUUGAACCUGGUGUAUUUCACUCUCAUAUUCAUCUUCAACCUUGGCAUACUAUUGACAGUGGUCUCAAACAUCUGUAAGAUGAAACAAGUGUCUUGGGCCAGUUCGAAGCUAGGGGAAAGGGUUGAGGGGAAGACUGUGAGAGACUCCCAGAGGUUCAGAGAGACCUGCAGGAGAUGCCUCACUGUGAUGGGUCUCACCUGCCUGAUGGGGACCACCUGGGGCCUGGCCUUCCUGGGAUCAGGAUAUGUCAACUAUCCCAUCCUCUACCUGUUCUGCAUCCUCAACUCCUCCCAAGGUUUCUUUAUCUUCCUGUGGAUCUGCCAGUCAGCCAGGAAGCAGAGGAAGAGAGACAUGGAGGAUAGACUGACCACGUCCACUCCUGCGACGACUUUGACAAGCAAAUUUGAUUAGAUCCCCUUUUCUGCCAUCAGUCUGGAUGAAAUAGCCCUGAUGUCAUCAUAGAUAGCAUAGCAACUCUGGUAAUCCCCGUUCAUGUAACCCUCACUUUAGAACCUCCCGUAUCUCACCCUCCCGACAGGUUGGACUACAAAAUUCCGUGAACUGUAAACGCUUGAUGCAAACAUUGUUCUCUGUAACUUUAACAUUCAUUUUUUUUGUUUAGCUUUUAGUAUGAUUGAAAUAAAGCUGUUUUCUACUGUUGAA